AUGAGAGCUGUUAUCCAGAGAGCCAAGAGCGGAUCGGUGACAGUCGAUUCGAAGAUUGUCAGUCAAAUCUCCCACGGGCUAGUUGUUCUUAUCGGAGUGGGCCAUGAAGAUACGGCAGAAGACGUGGAGAAGGUCGCCAACAAAAUCAUCAAGACCAAACUUUGGCCCUCGGUCGAUGGAGCACAGCAAUGGAAACAGAGUGUGCUCGACGUUGGUGGAGAAGUGCUCUGUGUUAGUCAGUUCACUUUGUUUGCCAAGGUCAAGAAGGGCCAGAAGCCAGACUUUCACAAUGCCGCCAAGGGCCCACAGGCUAAGGAGCUCUACGACCAGGUGCUGGCAAAGAUCCAGGCUGCUCUUCCAGAGGGUCGGACAGUCAAAGAUGGUGUUUUUGGCGCCAUGAUGGACGUUGCGCUGGUUAACGACGGGCCUGUCACCAUUCAGUAUGAUACAAAGAAUGACAAAUAG